AUGAAAACAUAUAAUUUUCGAAUUAAUCGACCUAAACCAGGUGAUGAAUAUUUUAAAAAACUUCACUUUGGACAAAAUUCAAAUGAUGUAUGUAUUGUACCGAAAGCAAGAAAUCUACCAAAAACUCAGUGGCUUCGAGGAAUCGGUCCUCAUAUUCAACAAAUUAUUUUUCGGGCCACAUCUGAUCGAGCAAAAGGUGAAAAACGUGUUGGCAAAAUAUCACUCUCAAACACUGCCGUUGUUUCAGCAUUAGAAAGAUUGGGAUCAAAUUAUGUGCAUCAGAUUACAGUAACAGCACAUACUGUUGCUGUUGGUGAUGGAGUUGAGCGCAAUUCUUUAUUGCUUUAA